AGAGAGAGAGAGAGAGAGAGAGAGAGGUCUGUUUGCUCGUUUCACCUCCUAAUCAGUUUUCCUGGGGGAUCCGUCAUCGACGGCAGCAGAAGAGGCAAAGCGGAAAAGGAGAUAUUUGAUUUCAGCAAAUCUUCUACAUCAUAAUUUUCAACAUCGUACAAACGGAGGACAUGGACGCUCCUCUCUCCACGCCCUAUAACAUUCAGAUCUGUGAGGUGACAUGCGACUCCUUCCGCAUCAUGUGGGACAUGACCUCCGAGGACACCGCCAGGGCCACGCACUUCUUCAUCGACCUGAGCCGCAAAGAGAGCCGCGAUCCCAACCGCUUCAAACACAGGGACGUCCCGACCAAACUGGUGGCCAAAGCAGUGCCUCUUCCCAUGGCAGUGAGAGGUCACUGGUUCCUCAGCCCACGGACCGAAUACUGUGUCGCCGUUCAAACUGCUGUCCGGCAGCCGGACGGUGAUUAUCUGGUGUCGGAGUGGAGCCAGGUGGUGGAGUUCUGCACAGGGGACUAUGCCAUAGAACACCUGCAGCAGCUGCUGGACAAGGCUCAGGGCUCAGCCGGGAGGCUCCUCAAGUUCACCGUAUUUUAUCGCAACCAGCACCCAGACUACUUUGAGCACGUCAGAAACGAAUGUGGAGGACUAAUGCAUCCGACCCUAAAGGACAGCAGCGGGAGUCACGGUUCUCCGAUUAACGGAAAACUACAAGGAGUCUUCUUCAGCUGCAACACAGAGUUUGACACCGGCCUCCCUCCCAGAGACUCCCCAUAUGGUCCUCUUCGUUUCCACAUCCCAGCUGAACGUCUCCUGAACCCCAACAUCUGCUUAUACUUUGCAGACUUCUACUGCAUGUACACAGCCUAUCACUAUGUGGUGCUGGUGUUGGCCCCUGUUGGGUCAGAUGGAGACAACUUCUGUCACACCCGGCUCCCCAUGCUGGACUUGUCCUCCAACCCCUUCCUGACUUAUACCGCCCCUAAGAGCCCCGGAGAAGAGCCGAUUUUCUGCCAUGCAAGUGACGUAAUCCUCGAGGUGCUUUUCACAGAACCGAUCCAUUUGGACCAAGGCAGUGUGGAAGAGAUCAGUGGGCACCACCACCUUAUGAGUCUGACCACAGCCAACGCCAAGAAGGACCCUAGCUGCAAAGUGUGCAAUAUUAGUGUGGGCCGCUGAGGGAGGAACCGUGGCAACAGACCAAAAACCAAAAGUCAAAGUGCGGCACAGAAACAGUCCAACUCUCCUGUCAUUGGUGCUGCUUUUACCUCCUGGACUCAGUCAACCUUAGAUAGACAUAAACAUUUAGUUAACACAGUUCGAAACGUGUGCACCCUUGAACGCACACUACAUGCUUUAGACAACUAGAAUUUUAUUUUGCAAGAUAUGUUUGACUCAAUGAACCUUUAAAAAAAAAAAAAAAAAAACUUUCUGGACUUGUUAUUUAUGUCCUUAAAACCCCAAAUGUGUCUCAUAGUCCCAAGGUGUUUUUGGUUCUUGUUUGUUGCCCAUGUCUGUUGGGUUUGUUGUAUUGAACAAAUUUUCAAAAGGCUUGGUAAGACAGUUGUGUCUAACCUCUAAUGGAAAUAAACCUGCAGUCGGAGCAAAA